CCCCCCAAACGGAACACUACAAUUCGACAGUUCGGCUUUUUUGCACUAUUUUGGAUAAAUAUGAUUUAGUCCGGACAAAAUAAAAACUAAAAUGGAAUACGAAUCUUCCGAAAUUAGUGAUAUAACCACAGGAAGCUGCAAGAAAAGGCUCACAUUUUUAAAAUAUAUUUUAAGUGAUACCACAAGCGAUCAAAAAUGGGCAGCCGAAUUCGGCGAGGACACGGAAGGGCAUCAGUUUUCGUUGGAUUAUCUGUUAGACACCUUUAUCGUGCUCUAUGACGAAUGCAGUAACUCUUCCCUGCGCAGAGAAAAGGGAGUUUCCGAUUUCCUUAAACUAUCCAAACCCUUCGUGCACAUUGUACGAAAACUUCGGCUGAGCCGCGAUGAUUUUGACAUACUCAAAAUCAUCGGGCGUGGUGCCUUUGGAGAAGUCUGCGUGGUUCAGAUGAUAUCCACCGAAAAAGUGUAUGCCAUGAAGAUCCUAAACAAAUGGGAGAUGCUUAAGCGGGCCGAAACUGCCUGUUUUCGAGAAGAGCGGGAUGUUUUGGUGUUUGGGGAUCGCCAGUGGAUCACCAAUCUGCACUACGCCUUUCAGGACAAUAUAAACUUGUAUCUUGUCAUGGACUAUUACUGCGGCGGAGACCUACUGACCCUCCUGAGUAAAUUUGAAGACAAGCUGCCUGAGGAUAUGGCCAAGUUCUACAUCACAGAAAUGAUUUUGGCCAUCAACAGUAUUCACCAGAUUAGGUACGUUCACAGGGACAUUAAGCCGGAUAAUGUGUUACUCGAUAAACGCGGGCAUGUGCGGCUGGCCGAUUUUGGAUCCUGCCUGCGACUGGACAAGGAUGGGACCGUUCAGUCCAACGUGGCUGUGGGCACGCCCGAUUAUAUCUCGCCAGAAAUAUUGCGGGCCAUGGAGGACGGAAAGGGGCGCUACGGAACAGAGUGUGAUUGGUGGUCCCUCGGAGUGUGCAUGUACGAAAUGUUGUAUGGCGAGACGCCCUUUUACGCAGAGAGCUUGGUGGAAACCUACGGAAAGAUCAUGAAUCAUCAGAACUGUUUCAAUUUACCGACACAAGAAACCAUCAAUUACAAGGUGUCGGAGACAUCGCAAGACUUGCUUUGCAAACUGAUAUGUAUACCCGAGAAUCGCCUUGGCCAGAAUGGCAUCCAAGACUUCAUGGAUCACCCCUGGUUUGUGGGGAUCGAUUGGAAGAACAUUAGGCAGGGGCCUGCACCGUAUGUGCCGGAAGUAUCGAGUCCCACGGACACUUCCAACUUUGAUGUGGACGACAACGACGUCCGGUUAACGGACUCCAUUCCCCCGUCAGCCAACCCCGCCUUCUCUGGAUUUCACCUUCCAUUCAUUGGCUUCACUUUUUCGCUGAGCAGUAGCUCAACAUUGGAUUCAAAAAAGAAUCAGAGCUCUGGCUUUGGAGACGAUACCUUGGAUACAAUAAGCAGUCCACAGCAGGCCAUUCUGCCGAGCAACAACUCGGAGGCGUCGGUGGACUCCAUUCAGGAGAAACAGGUUAAGGCCCUAAACGAGCAGCUAGCUAGCAUCAAGCAGGAAAGGAUCGAAUUAACGAAGCAACACAAUGAGAUUUUCGAACGCCUCAAAGCUCAAGACUCCGAGCUUCAGGAUGCCGUUUCUCAGAGAAACAUCGCUAUGACGGAAUACUCAGAGGUAACUGAGAAACUCUCGGAGCUGCGCAACCAGAAGCAGAAGCUGUCUCGGCAAGUAAGGGACAAAGAGGAGGAGCUCGAUGGAGCCAUGCAAAAGAACGACAGUCUGCGAAACGAACUGCGCAAGUCAGACAAAACGCGGAGGGAGUUGGAGCUGCACAUCGAGGAAGCCGUCAUCGAAGCUGCCAAAGAGAAGAAGCUGCGUGAGCAUGCCGAGGAUUGCUGCAGGCAGCUGCAGUUGGAGCUGCGAAAGGGCUCCUCGAGUGUGGAUACCUCUCUGCCCAUAAGCAUUUCAUCGGAGAUGUCGUCGUACGAAAUCGAAAGACUGGAACUGCAGUUCUCCGAAAAGCUAAGUCACCAGAAAACGCGUCACAAUAUGGAGUUGGAAACGCUACGGGAGCAGUUUAGCGAGUUGGAGAACUUAAACUUGGAGCUCACCAAGGAAUUGCAGCAAACACAGGACAGACUGAAGUACACCCAAUUGGAAUCAAUUACCGAUUCGGCAGACACGCUCUUGGAAUUGAAGAAGCAGCAUGACUUAGAGAAGACUUCCUGGAUCGAGGAGAAGCAGAGGUUAAGCUCAGAAGUAAAUCUCAAAUCAAAAAGCCUAAAGGAACUUCAAGCAGAGGACGACGAGAUAUUCAAGGAGUUGCGAAUGAAGCGGGAGGCCAUUACAUUGUGGGAGCGGCAAAUGGCGGAGAUCAUUCAAUGGGUGUCCGAUGAAAAGGAUGCACGCGGCUACCUACAGGCACUGGCCACCAAAAUGACGGAGGAGUUGGAGUAUCUGAAGCAUGUGGGUACCUUCAACAACAACGGUGUGGACAAUAAAAACUGGCGGAAUCGCCGCUCCCAGAAGCUGGACAAGAUGGAGCUGCUUAACCUGCAGAGUGCACUGCAAAGGGAGAUUCAGGCAAAGGCGAUGAUAUCGGAUGAGCUGAGUCAAACCAGAUCAGAUCUGAUAUCCACGCAGAAGGAGGUACGGGACUACAAGAAGCGCUAUGACUCCAUUCUGCAUGACUUUCAAAAAAAAGAAACGGAGCUGCGGGACUUGCAAAAGGGAGGCUUGGAAUACUCUGAAUCAUUCCUGAACAAAUCCACUCAUCAUGGCCUAAGCAGCGCCUUUUUCCGUGACAUGUCGAAGAACUCUGAGACAAUAGAUUCUGCCGAAAGCUUUGGCAAUGAGUCCGGGGACAAUUUUAUCGGAACUCCCAGCUUCUUCCAGUCCGGCAAUUCGGGCAUGCUCUUCAAUUAUGAGCCAAAGUAUGCAGGCAAAAACAGCAAGGACAACUCGGCUAUGAAAGAUAUCUCGGUCAGCGAUUUGUCACGUGAGGAGAGUGACCUGCUGGUCAAAGAAUCUCAAAAAAAACUGCCUGGUAAUACGGCGAUUCAUCAGUUCCUGGUGCGCACCUUUAGUAGCCCCACGAAAUGCAAUCACUGCACAUCGCUGAUGGUGGGUCUCACACGGCAAGGAGUAGUGUGCGAGAUCUGCGGAUUCGCCUGUCACACGAUCUGCUGCCAGAAGGUUCCAACAACAUGCCCCGUACCCAUGGAUCAAACGAAGCGUCCGCUGGGCAUCGAUCCCACUAGGGGAAUUGGCACCGCCUACGAAGGCUACGUGAAAGUGCCUAAAUCUGGGGUGAUUAAGCGUGGCUGGAUCAGACAAUUUGUGGUCGUUUGCGACUUCAAGCUGUUCCUCUACGACAUUUCACCCGAUCGAUGUGCUUUGCCCAGCGUGAGUGUGUCCCAAGUGCUGGAUAUGCGGGAUCCUGAGUUCUCCGUGGGGAGUGUGCGGGAAAGUGACGUCAUUCAUGCAGCCAAGAAAGAUGUGCCAUGUAUUUUCAAGAUAAAAACUGCCCUUAUUGAUGGUGGGCUCUCGUUAAACACCCUUAUGUUAGCCGACAACGAGUCGGAAAAGUCCAAAUGGGUCAUUGCCCUGGGCGAACUACAUCGAAUAUUAAAACGAAACAGCUUACCAAAUACUGCUAUAUUUAAAGUUAAUGAAAUUUUGGACAAUACCUUGUCUUUAAUACGAAACGCAUUGUGUUCUGUCAUCAUAUAUCCAAAUCAAAUAUUGCUGGGGACAGAAGACGGCUUGUUUUACAUUAAUCUCGAUCAGUACGAAAUCGCUCGUAUUGGAGAAAGCAAGAAGAUUCUUCAACUAUGGUACAUUGAAGAGGAGCAGAUUCUCGUUAUUCUUUGCGGAAAACAACGCAAUUUGCGAUUGUUACCCAUAAGGGCAUUAGAGGCUAGUGAUGUCGAGUGGAUCAAAGUGAUUGAAUCGAAAAACUGCAUAUCUGCUUGUACUGGAAUCAUUCGCCGUUUCCCCAACAUCGUCUAUUCAUUUAUUAUCGCGCUAAAACGGCCCAAUAACCACACACAAAUCGUAGUUUACGAGAUAAAUAGAACGCGCACAAGGCACCAGAAGACUUGCGAAUUCACCAUCGGCUACAUGGCCCAGCAUCUGCAGAUCCUAUCCGAUAUGCGAUUAGUUGUAGCUCACCAAAGUGGCUUUACCGCCUAUUUCCUGCGAGGAGAAGCCACGGCAAUGUCUUUGGUACACCCGGAAAACCAGUUAUGUGCAUUUUUGAACUAUUCUGGUGUUGAUGCGGUUAGGGUUAUUGAAAUUCUGUGCCCAAGUGGCGGAAACUUUGGAGAGUACUUACUGGUGUUCCAAACUUUGGCAAUAUACGUCGACCUACAGGGGCGAAAGUCUCGGGAUAGGGAAAUAAUGUAUCCAGCCUUUCCAACAUAUAUAACCUUUUGUGAUGGCCAUUUGCUUGUGUUCUCGGAUACACAUUUGGAUAUCUUCAACACACAGACCGCUGAAUGGGUGCAAUCGAUUGGCCUGAAACAAUCCCUUCCCCUAAAUAAUCUGGGAAAUGUGGUGUUGGCCUCAGUUAAUGACACCCCCUUGAUUGUUUACCUGUCCAAUAUUCACACAAAGGGCCUUCUGCAAUAUCGUGAGGGAAAUCGAAAAGGACUUCCGAGCAUUAAGCGGAGAUUUUCCAUUAGGGAGAUAAACAAAACCAUUAAAAGUGAUCGUAGAUCAAAAAUGAUAUCAGCACCGACAAAUUUCAACCACAUUUCUCACAUGGGACCAGGGGAUGGCAUUCAAAAUCAACGACUUUUAGACUUACCAACAACGCUCGAAACAGCCGAUCAAGCCUGCAGUCCAAUAAUACAUUCGCUGAGUUCCAUAACCCAAACUAGAAAAUCAAAUUUUCUAGAACAAGUGGAUGCAAUCUCCGAUGACUAUGGCAAUGAUAAUAUAAUCUCUAGAACCCCCAGUCCAAUGGCAUCGUCUUUUAUGGACGGCUUAAGCAAUAACGAUUAAUUUCAGUCAAAUCUCUACAUAUGUAAUUUACUCGAUUUUUUAAGAUAACUGUUUGUAAUAAACAUAUUUAAUUUCUCGAAUAUCAA